AUGCUGGGUCGGUUGUUGAAUACGGCAGCGUCGACCUUAAACCCGGCCAGUUAUUCGGCCAAACCGGGCCACCACCUCGAGUCCGUCACCGAAGAAGAACAUACUUCCGGCCUGCUAUUCCCCGAUGCUAGCCUCCUCCGCCGUUCCAAUACCCAUGCCUAUCCGCUGCACUCUACCUUCAACUCCCCGAAUGCCUCCACCGCCGGAGCUUACGAUGACCGGGGUGGCGUCGAUCUGGACUACAUGCGGGAUUUCCGCGUCAUCAUCGCCCAGAAUGCCCUGGGUGAUCGAGACGCCUGCGUGCUCCUCGACACUCAGGCCCCCCAUGCGUCCGAGGUCGCCCCCCAAGGGUUGGGCCUGGAGCCGCAGCUCUUCGAGGGCGCCGGUCCCCGCCAUGCCCGCACCGUCUCGACCCUGUCGGCCCGUGCACCCCGCCGCGGUCUGUUGUCCCAGUCGACUACCGCCGACCCCAGCCCCCUGUCGGUCGCUGCAGAGACCCGCCGGUCCCCACCGAUCAUGUCUGGCGCCUUCAUGAGGGCCCGGCGGCGGAGUUCGACCCUCGCCGCCGCGGGCGGCCACCACGAUACGGGGCAUCCGCGCCUUGCCGCUGAUUCCACCGACUCCGGCUUGCUCAACUGCAUAUUCGGCAGCAGCGCCUUCAGUUAUCGGGGCUCCUCCACCAAGAUGCACAUCAUCUCCGCCGAUGGGGAACCCACGCGGGCGCCCGGCAGCCCCGCCGCGUGGACGGCGCCCGGCGGAGAAGGGCCCAAACCGCCCGCCAAGGUCACCGUGCUGCUGACCCGCAUGUUCAGCGUGAAUCUGCCCGAGGCCCGGGACCCGACCGCCUCCCCCGACCGUCACCCGCACGACGGAGGGGCCCACUCCUUCUACCCUGACUCCCUGCCCGAGGCCGGCUUCCCCUUCCCCGACGUGGCCAAGCGGAAGAAGAUCAAGGAGAAGAAGACCCCGAUGUACGCCGUGGCCAUCACCGUCCAGAUCCCUCUCCUGUCGGUGCGUGGCGGCGGCGCUCGCCCCACCUCGCGGGUGAGUGGCCUGGGGCCCGACGCCUCCCCCCGACCGGGCGGGGCCGGCUCCCUCGACUCGGAGGACCGCGGCCGCGGCGGCUUCCUCCUCGACGACAGCCUGUCGGGGGCCACCCCACCCGCCAGCCUAGACGAGCGCAUCGAUCUGCUAGUGGACCACUGGGACGUCAUCAACCGUACCCUCUCCCACCUCGAGCGGCUUGCCCGCGCCGAGAUUCGCGUCGUGCUGCAGCAGGCCGACGCCGCCGCCACCCUGCAUCCCAAGCCCGCCAAGGCCCCCAACAUGCAGCGCACCAACCAGACCGUCGUCCACCUGCCCGUCAACAGUCUCGCCGUCAACGCCCGCCUGCGAGACGAGGCCGUCCGGAGCAUGCGCCGCAUCGCCUCGUCCCUGCAGACGCCGCCGGUCGUCACGGGCCAGAGCCGCUGGGGCGUCUGGCGCGAGGAGGGCCGCUCCAUCGCCCGGACCCUGGGCGACAAGGAGCACAGCUUCUUCUUCAUGGUGCUCGUCACCGCCUUCCUCGGCAACCACACCGAGUGGCUGAACUCCCUGGGCCCCGAGUGGUACCGCCGGCGGCACUACCUGCAGCAGCGCGCUCAGCCGCCCGAGGCCGACCCGCCCCUGGCCCACCGGACCGUCAUCGUCUCGGGCGACAAGAUGACCGCCCGCCGUCUGAUCUUCCUGCUUGCCGCCUUCCUCCCCCAGAAGCAGCGCUUCGAGUCCUUCCUCCCGUCCCCGCUGCGGCCCGGCACCGCCGCCUCGGCGCGGGCCCCCUCGCAGAGCCCGCCCCACGUGCCUCUCCUGCGCCAGGAGUCGCUCCGCCGCGCCAUCGAACGGCGAUCGCGGGCCCAGCGCCUGACCCAGGAGCCGCCCCGUCGGCGAUCCGCCAGCGCCUCAUCCGGCGAGACCGACGCGGCGCCCGCGGAAUUGGACGACCGACCCCGACGCGCCUCCGACGCCCGGUCCAUGCGGACCCGCGGUGUCGCCGUGCCCGCCCGCGACGGGCGGCGGACGAACGCUGGCCCCGCCACGACCUCCACGGCCACCCCGGCCAGCACGGUCCCCGUGCCGCACUUCGCCUCGCAGGGCCGCGGGGAGCGCGGUGGGACGGACCCGGCGGUGAUGGCGGAAGAGGAGGAAGACGCGGCGGCAGGUCACGACAGCCUGGCCUCGGAGAACCUGCUCAAGACCCUCCAGCGGAGCGAUAGUUCAGUCCUCGGCACCAACAGCAGCGUCCCGUCGGCCGCGGGGCGCUGGGGCACGCUGUUUGCGGGCCUGUGGGGGCCGCGCCCGGCGUCGUCGACGGACCGGCGGGACGAAGAUCCCGCCGCCAUCCCACCGCGCCGGCGGGCGGUCUCGGUGCAGGUCGGCAGCGCGGGGCCGAAGCGCGGACCGCCCCCCACGCUCCGUCAGAUGGUGCGCGAGACCCAAGUGGCGGGCCCCCCGGCUCCAGGUCCGGCUCCGGCCUUGGCCCCGGCCCCCAGCGGGCACAUCUCCAUCCCGCACGCCCACGCGCCGCACCCUCGCGCCGACGAUGGGGAGCUGCCGCCCGAGUUGCUGUCGACCACGGAGCCCAAGGCUUCGUCGUUGAAGAUGUCCGUCCACGGGAGCGACGGGGUUGUCGACGUGGACCUGCCGCUGCCGGGAUUCGUUUCGCUGUCGUCGUCGGGCGAGUCGACCACGGCGUCCCCGCAGAAGCCGCGGACAUCGGUCACCAGCGUGGACGCCGGGGCAUCAACCCACAGCAGCGUCUCCGGGUUUCAGUGUCCGGGCCGGGAGCCCGACGGCCUGAACAUCAACGUUGCCGGGUGGCUCCGCCGGUUCCAUGAAGACUUUUUGCUCCAGGCUGUGCGGCCCUACCCGGGGCUGGACGCGGACAUCCGGCGGGCGAUGCAGGCCGAGCCCACGCCCAACCCGGUGCCGGCGGACGCGGAGGGGCCGGACCGGUGGGUUGAUGUGGCAACCACGCUGGUGGCCGACGUGCGCCAGUCGACCGUGAAGCGGUUGCGCCUGCGGCGGCGCGGGCCGGGGAUCUCAGGCGCCUCCGCGCCGGGCACGCCGCGCCACGUGGGCAGCGGGUCGGGGUUGGCGACGCCUUUUGCGAGCCUCUUUGGGGCGCCCACCACGACGACGACAACCACCACUACCACCACCAUCACCCCGGCCCCGGGGCCGAUCCUCGCCGAUCCGGGCGCGAUAGAGGAGCAAUUCGUGGAGGAGCCGGUCAUGGAUCUGGACGGGACGCUCGUGGACGCCUUGGAAAGGGUGCUGGCGCAGAGCGUGCCUCCGUCGAUGGCACCCACGCGGGCACCGUCACCGUCGCGAGCACGCCGGGGCGGCGCCGACGACAAGCCCGAAAUGCUCGGCCGCGAUGAGCUGCCGUCCCUGGAAGUUCCGCGAACCGAGUGCCGCCGGCUCGUACUAGGCGCGCUAGAAGAGGUGGUGCGCAGCGUGACGGCGGAGCACUGUCGAGAGGACGUGGAGGGCGAGCUGGGGGUAGGGGACCGCGAGCGCAGGCGAUCGAUGGCGGGGGUAGAUAAUACGUUACGAGAGGGGAUACGACGAUGGCUUCUGGAUGUUGAGGAGGCGUGGUGA